CAGGCGCGAUGGUGCAGCAGCGGGGCGCGCGGGCUAAGCGGGACGGCGGGCCAUCGCCCCCGGGGCCCGGACCGACUGAAGAAGGGGCGCGCGAGCCCGGUUGGUGCAAGACCCCGAGCGGCCACAUCAAGAGGCCGAUGAACGCGUUCAUGGUGUGGUCGCAGCACGAACGGCGGAAGAUCAUGGACCAGUGGCCCGACAUGCACAACGCCGAGAUCUCCAAGCGCCUGGGCCGCCGCUGGCAGCUGCUGCAGGACUCGGAGAAGAUCCCGUUCGUGCGGGAGGCGGAGCGGCUGCGCCUCAAGCACAUGGCCGACUACCCGGACUACAAGUACCGGCCUCGCAAGAAGAGCAAGGGGGCGCCCGCCAAGGCGCGGCCCCGCCCCCCCGGAGGAGGAGGAGGAGGCGGCGGCGGCGGCGGUAGCCGGCUGAAACCUGGGCCGCAGCUGCCGGGGCGCGGGGGCCGCCGAGCGGCGGGAGGGCCUUUGGGGGGCGGCGCGGCGGCGCCGGAGGAUGACGAUGAGGACGACGACGAGGAGCUGCUGGAAGUGCGCCUGGUGGAGACCCCCGGACGGGAGCUGUGGAGGAUGGUCCCGGCGGGACGAGCCACCCGGGGCCAAGCGGAGCGCGCCCAGGGACCGUCCGGCGAAGGGGUGGCUGCCACUGCCGCCUCCCCGACACUGUCGGAGGACGAGGAACCUGAGGAAGAGGAGGAGGAGGCCACCACCGCGGAGGAAGGCGAAGAGGAGAGGGUGGCGUCCGGGGAGGAGCCGCUGGGCUUUCUGUCCAGGAUGCCCCCGGUCGCCGCUGGCCUGGACUGCAGCGCCCUGGACCGCGACCCAGACCUGCUGCCCCCGUCUGGCACGUCCCACUUCGAGUUCCCGGACUACUGCACCCCCGAGGUUACCGAGAUGAUCGCGGGGGACUGGCGCCCGUCUAGUAUCGCCGACCUGGUUUUCACCUACUGAGCCCACCGUCAGCGGGGCGCGCACGCCCCCAAACCAGCUGUUUACAUACAGGAAUCAGGUAUUGGGGCCCCUCGGAGGCCGAGGCUGGCACCCCAUCUCCCGCGCAGCCUCCCCCCCUCCUAGUUGUGCCCAUCCCCCCCUCAGAUCCAGACAUACCCCUCCCCCGCAGACACACCCCAAGGCAACCCAACUCCCACUCUUUCCCUGACAACCAAGCCCCUCCCCAUCCAGUCCCAUCCCGCGUAGCCACCAGCAGCCAGCCCCCCCUCUCGGUGACACCUCCCGCACCCCGUUACAUACCUGCGCCCCUCCCCCCACUUUGCACACGCCCCUCCUCGUGGCCGGACGACACGCCCCCUCGCUCGGGAACCCCUCCGCCCUCACCCAGUCUGCCUUGCUGGUUCGUGGGGGGAGCUGCUGCCCAGCGCGCUUCUCCCUUGUCCCUCCCCCCACCUCGAGAGCGCGAGGCCCCACCCUUCGACUUGGGCCCGCCCCUUCUCGCGCAUGCUUGAUGCUACUUAAGAGGGGGCUGGUCCCAGCCGAACUGCAUGCCUCUUGUCUCCGACUCCGGAAAGGAGGGGGCGAAUGUUGAGCGAUCCUUAGAAAUCCUUUGAUCCUGGAGCCCGUGGCUUUCUCUCGACCUAUCGGGGCGUCACUGCCUUAAUGGGAGGAGCACUCAAAGGGAGAGAAAGAAAAUAGCUGGCCCGCAGGGUUAGUUAGAGCUUGAAACUCUCCCAAGUGGCGCGACCCCUUUUCUCUGAUGGGGUCACCCAUGCCCACCACCACCUCGACCGCAUGACUGCCUUUACAGUCCAUCUUGGUCCCCGAAAACUUCCUUUUCUUUAAGUGAGAACUUGGGGUUUGGGUCUUUGGAAAUCCACCAAGAAGUGACUGUCCAAGAAAACUCAGAACCAAGACACCUACCAGUCUGGGGACAGGGUCCCCUCUGCUCCUUCCCCCUUCUCCUCGGGAAGCGCCCUAUCAGCUCAGGGCACCCUCUCAGCCUGGGCUCCUCCCUAAAGCCCACCGCCCCUUCCUAUCACCCAAAUCCAUUCUCAACAAUCACAGCUACAGUAUUCUGUGGGAGAAACUGAGGCAUCUUGGCGUUAGGGUUUAGGGCUGAGGCGCACGGGCUAAACUGUUUUGAGAGCGACCCAGCCCUGGAGACAGAAUGGUUGAGUGGAAGUAGACUGCGCCUCAGACUUCCCUUGAGUGAAAAGAGAUGGCACUGUCAGGAAGUUGUGUCCAGUUCAGGGUGCCUUCCAGAUCCUUGCCCCGUGCCGGUUCCCCUUCGCCCAGUGUCCCCGCUCGAGCCCCGCCCCUCCGGCCUCCCCACCACCAUCCCCCUCUGCCCUCACUACCUGUAUCUCACCGGCCGUGUGUUCACCCUCUGGGUGGUUCACACACACUCAUUCACACACACAAAUCUCAGGAACAAACGGUCCCAGAGUCCUCCGCGACCCUUGCCCAGGGUCUCUGCAAGAGGUCUCUGCCCCACGCGUUCCCUUCGCUGACAAAGCCACCAGCUGCCUCCUUUAAGCUUGGUGCUCCGGCUCUGGGCCUUUCUUGCGCUCUUUAUUCUUUUUCUUUUCCUUUUUUUUUUUUAAGAAAAUAAUAACAAAAAAGACAAUGAAAAAAAAAAACGGAAAACGUCAUGUGAGUGAAGAGAUGUCACUGUCUGUGGUCUUGGAGAACUAGUCUCGUAGCUGAGGGGAAGGGUCCCUCCAUCUGGGGCACUGGCACCCACAGCAGGACUUCGCCAGUCUGAUGCCAGGACUGAAUAAAAGUGUAUUUGCCCCGA